AGAUUCACCUAGAGAGGAUCAACGAAAAUGGUUUGGCACAAAAUUUAUUGAAGAGUAUGUAACUGAAAGCAAAGAUGUUGACACGCUGGUGCAGCAGGUGGAACAGCUUGGACAGAGAAACACGACCCAACAGUACAUGUGCCGCGUGGAAGGGUGUAAUCAGAAAUAUGUUUUCCACUCAAUAAGAGUAAAGUAAGUGUAUGUAUGUCGAAGAAUCAAAGUUCCCAACUAUAUCUUAUAAAUUAAGGAACACUGUUGUUCCUAUAUCCCUUUCUCAUUUUUUUUCAGUGUUAAUUUACUCUGUUACUAGUGUGCCUUGCUUUCAUACUUUUCCAGUGCCACAAAAUGCUAUAGUACCUUAAGUCGUUACUCACUAAUGAGUACAUAAGUAAGAUAUUCGGAAAUGAAAACUAUAUAUUUUCUACUAUAAAUUAUAUACUUUCUGUGACCUAAUUGACCUCAUCACCACACAAAAUUUGCUAUUUCUAAUCAUUUUUGCCAUAUUUUUUUGUUACAGACAUGAGGUUACAUGUCAUAAUGUCAUUUUCUCAAAAUAUGAAGCAAGUGAUGGUGAAAGAGAUGACUUUGGUUUUUACCAUUGUAGAUCCUCAUGUGGUUUUGUAUUCUCGAGCAAAACAACAAGGAACAGGUGUUGUUAAUAAUUUAUAACAUUCACAUAUAAGUCAGACCACUGAGGUUAUUUGUUUAAAGGGGCCCUACAGUCAUUUUUUAGUCAAAAAGCCACCUGAAGUAAUUGUUUACAUUUUUUUGUUAUUGUUGCAACUUGACAUGCGCAAUACAGCAUGUAUGCGUUUUCCAUUGUGCGGAAGUACUCAUACUCAUGGAUACUGCAUGUAAGAUACAACCAAACGAAUCUCUGUGGAGUCCCCUACUUAAGGUGGCUUUUCAACUAAAAAAUGACUGUAGGGCCCAUUUAAAGUACAUUAUUAUGUACAAUAUUUUAAAAAUUGAUAACAUAUAUAAUAUAUUACAUAAUCUGUGUUAUAGGCAUGAAACUAAUAACCAUGGCCAGACCUACACAGAUGAUCAAGUCCUGAAACCACAUCAAAUGACUAAUCAAGAAGGAUGUGAAGAUCAUACAUACAACUACCAUAGGUCUAAGCUUACAUUUGGGCUUAUCUUGUUUGACUAUCAUGAUGCAAUUAAAGAAGGUGAUGGGGAGAGACUUUUUGAGAUCUAUAAG